AUGAGUGACCAAGAUAAAAAACAGCUGAUUAAAGACAGAGAAGAAUACCAAGAUAUCUUGAAUUAUUUAAAUCAUAAUCAAUUAACUGAAGUUUUAUCACCUUUAGAUGGUGAAGGUAGAGAAUUUUGGGUUCAAGCUAUAACAAAUCCAAAUGAUUCAAAUCCAAUAAAAUUAGAUAUUGGUAAUGGAGAUUUCAAAGAAUUUAAUUCAAAUGAUGCUAAAAAGUUCUUAAACACCAAAAUUGAACAAUUGAAUAAAAAAAUUGGUAAAGUGAAUUAA